AUGUCAACAGUCGAUACAGUUACAACUACUUCAAGUGUAUUGAAGAGAAAAAUAGAAGAGGUAGACCCAGAAUUGGAUGAAGAGUCAGAGGAGCUAAUCUCAUCCAAUAAACGGUCCAGAGAUACAUGGGCCCCAGUUUCAGUCACUACAAUUAACGAUCCCUUCAAAUUCAUCACCUCGACCUAUAUUUCAGAAGUACCAGAAAGUAUUGUUGCCAAUGACUCUGAACCUAUUGUACUUGGUGUUGACGAAGCUGGCAGAGGGCCAGUGUUGGGUCCAAUGGUGUAUGGUGUUGCGUACGCUUUGGAGUCUUUUCUGGACGGAUUACAAAAGAAGUAUGGCUUUGCAGAUUCAAAAGUACUCACUGAAUCCAAAAGAGAAGAACUAUUUCGACUUAUUGAAGAAAGCUCAGACAAUGAAAAGGGGUUGAGCAAGGUUAUUGGCUGGGCGACGACAUCAAUGACAGCUCGAGACAUUUCUAGUGGCAUGCUACAAUCUUCCGGCAAGGGAGCCUACAACUUGAAUAGUCAGGCUCACGAUGUCACAAUUAACUUAAUUAAACAGGUUUUGAAAAAGGGUGUUAAAAUUUCAAAGAUAUUUGUCGACACAGUCGGCCCACCAGCAACGUACCAAGCUAAAUUGAAAGGUAUAUUUCCAGAUAUUGAGAUCACUGUUGCGAAGAAAGCAGAUAGUAUUUAUCCGAUAGUUAGUGCAGCUUCUGUGGUGGCUAAAGUGACAAGAGACAAAAAUAUUGCUUAUUACAAUAAUCAUCUUGAUAUUCUCAAGGGUCACAAGUUGGGUUCUGGAUACCCAAGCGACCCAAACACUAAGACAUGGCUAAAUUCAAAUGUUGAUAGCAUUUUUGGGUGGUGUUUUGGGUUUGCAAGGUUCUCAUGGGCCACAGCCAAAGACGCAUUGAUCAAUAACGGAGCUGCUACAGUCGUUUACGCUGAUGAUGUUAAAAAGGACAGUGGUUAUAAGGAUGUAUCCUCCAUGAUUGCAAAUAGAAAAGGCGAUGAAAGUCGAUUAUCCAAAAAAUACUUCAAUAGUGACAACAUAGAUUUAAUAUAG